AUCAUUUGGGAGAUAACCUUUUUGCUUUGAUAUGGUAAAAGACCAGGUGGAUGAUCUUUUUCUCAACCUAUGUAAUCGGUUUGAAGAAAUGCCUAGGAGAGAGAUAAAUUCGUAGACAGCUCCAUAUUUGUGUGGUGUAUGGUGUCAAGAAAACGGGGGUCUUUGGUAAAGGAUUUUAUCUUGCUGUCUGUCCUGCUGGCGGCGCCAACGCAGAACAGGUGCACUGCUUUUGUGUGCUCCUGCUAUGCACCGUCAAGGAAUUUUAUUGACGGAGGUGGAGAGAAGGAGGACGGCGUGGUGGAAGAAGCGUGUAAUAAUGAAAUACAAGGCCAAGAUAGGAGCAAUAUCAAUGGUGAUGGCUGCAGCAGUACUGUUGGAGUGAGGAAGAGUAAUCUUAAGAAAACAGAAACAGCGUUAAUGUUAGAGGAGAAUCCAGCAAAGACAACAGAAAGGAGGAAAGUGAGCUGGCCGGAUGCCCAUGGCAAAGAUAUUGCUCAUGUUCAGGAGUUUGAGCCCAGCGUUUCAGAAGAUGGAGAGAUCGACGGAGUAAGGAACUCUUGCGUCUGUGCAAUUCAGUGAAUAUCAAAAAUAUUUCAGAAGCCUGAAGUAACAUGUGGGUGAGAACAAUUGGUUGUAGUCAAGGCCUCAAAUCCCAACUCAGUGUAGAACUAAAGCAGGAAUGGCUUUGAGAAAGGGAAAAAAACGAUCUAAACCAUUCAAACAAAAGUCCCAAUCUGGAUGAUGUCUUCCCACAGGGAUUGGCGGACAGAAUUUGGCCUGGGAUUUAAAAAGAUGGGUGUCACCCCCCAGAUUCUACAUUCAGAAGGACCUGGACCAGAAUUUUUCACUCAGUUAUCCACAUUUGUAGUACGUGUGAUUGGAUUGCCGUUGGACUAGCUCAGGGGCUUGUAUUUAUGCUGUUGGAAUUGUGAUUCCAAGUAAUUUUAGUUGAACAUAAAUAGACUAUUGUUUUUUUU